UACAUAACUUUAUUUUCAGGAUAAAGCAAAUAGUCUAAAUAACAUAUCAAGCAUGGCCAGAUGAGUUUUUGUUUUUCUUUUAUUCAGUGAUGGGUUGUUUUACCUGCAUAUUCCAUAAAAAGCAAAAAGCAAAAAUUCACUCGCACACCAACAAAAAUGGUGUUGUUAAAGAUGUUUAUGAAGAAAAAAAUAUCUUUCCAGAUAUACAUCAAAAAAAUAGGAUAAUUGUCAGUAAUGGAUAUGGCAAACAAGAAAAUACUGUGGAGGCAACCGCAGUUAAGGAAUUCAUGAAGUUAGAUACAUAUCCUAAAAUUACUAGUCCCAUAAAUGAAAGCAAUGCAAGAAUUAGCGGCGAAGUUAACUCUGAGAUGCUGUUUGCAGGAACGAUUGGAAGCACUAUCGGUUCAUUAUCUAGUUCAAGGUUGCUAGCUACUAUAAAUGAUGAUAAACAAGCUGUUGAUGAGGAUAUUUUGAAGAAUUAUGAUUUUCCAUUUACCAAUUUAGUUUUCGAAGGAGGAGGAAAUAAGGGAAUGGCCUAUGUCGGCGCACUCAAGGUAUUGGAAGAAGCAGGAAUUACACGGAAGAUAAUAGGUGUUGCAGGAGCAAGUGUUGGAGCCAUCACUGCUGCUUUAUUUGCUGUUGGAUUUACUGCAAAUGAAUUAAAAGAAUUUAUGGAAACUGAUCUUCGAAAGGUUUUAGUUGAUCAUAAAUGUGGUUAUUGCAGUCUGCUACCAAAUUUACUGAGUGGUUUUGGAUGGAAUCCUGGCAAUAAAAUGUUGAAAUGGUUUGGCGAACAAUUAAAAGAACAAACUGGAAAUGCAGACAUCACGUUUCGACAAGUUAUGCAGCAGUAUGGACGAGAACUUUGUGUGGUGGUGACAAAUUUAAGUCAGAUGUCUACUGAAUAUUUUCAUCCAAAAACAACACCCAAUACUCCAAUACGUACAGCUGUAAGAAUGUCAACAGCAUUACCAGGUGUUUUUCAAAGUGUGCGAUACAAACUUAACGAAGAAAAUACAGAUGUAUAUGUAGAUGGUGGACUACUGUGUAAUUACCCUAUUCAUGCAUUCGAUGGUUGGUGGUUGUCGAUGGAUCCGCAAGAUACUUUCUUUAAAAAGUUACAGCCUCUUGAUAACUACGCGAAGUUGUUCGCAAAGAAUGAAAGAUUUGGCAAUUGGAAUCAUCGUACAAUCGGUAUUAUGUUGUAUUCCCAUACUGAAACUGAACUAAUGAAAACCAAGUUGGCACAGCGUAUUGGAAAUGAACCACCUCCUCCACCAAACUCAAAACUAUACCGAAAACGUCGCAAAUUGAGAAUUAGUCAAGCUGAAGCAACUCAAGAACAUCAAGCUGUUGUCAGUGCAGUUGGACGAUUUAUGAAGGAACUUCAUCUCCUGCAUUUUGACUUGGAUGGUAUAGUAAGUUUAAAGGAGUUACGAAAGGUUUUUGAGGUGUCAAAAGAAUUUACAGCUGAAGAUCGCUCUUUAUUAUUUGGUGAUGCAGACAUCGAGCAAGCGUUCAGAGAACUGGAUACAGAUAAUGAUGGCGAGAUCACAUUUCAAGAACUCAUGUCUUUCGUCGAGAAGAAAGGGGUAAACAUACAAACGCGAUUUUUGGGUUACACAAGAAAAGAAAUUCGGACUCUAGGUGAUUUCAUUGCCACUUUGCAGACUGCGUUGGCAAUCAAUGUAAAACGAAAUUAUGUAGAGGAUCGGGAUAUUGAACGUACUAUUGGUAUCGAUACAGAUUACAUUGAAGCGAACGAUUUUUAUUUGGAAGAGCUGGAUAAAACAUUUCUGCUGGAGAGUGGAGCACGGUCCGCAAGAUCCUUUCUCCGCCAUUAUUGUAAACAACAUCCUGAACACAGGCGCCGUGGAAGCGCCAUGCUUUCCAAAGAAUUCUUUGACAGUCCCAGACUUAGAAGAAAAUUCCAAACUAUAAAUGAGAAAAGAGAAACAUUAAACUUGUUACAUCCGCAAGAUAGCGUAACGUCGAAUGUCGAUGAAUCGUCGUUAGAUGUCGACGUGCCGUUACAUACCGACUUAACGACAGAAGCCGACGUAGACGACGUAGAAGCGCCGGAAAGUGACGAGAGAAGAUCAAACUUUCUUUUAACACCCGCGUCUACUCGCGCAGAUGUUCAUAUACAAGCCUCCAGAGCUGCCACACCGCGUUAUUUGUUACGACGAAAUAGCAGCCAAAUGUCGGACAUUUCGCUAGUCAAGUUCCCCUUUAAUGGAUAGUUUAUUUGUCUGGGAAAAUCCUGUGUAAUGGUUAGUCAAAUUUUCGCGCGGUGUACUUCCUCGUGGUUGUGAUUAAUUUCUCACAGCAGGUACAUCACCAGUUUUUAUUGGUUGACGUGGUAAGAUUUUCAGCAUCAAAAAGGCCGUUAAAAUUGGCGACUACGUGCUAAUUCGAAGAAAAGUCAAGCGAUAAACUUGACGGAAACAGAUGUUUUCUACCAUAUUCAAAUUCUCGCCUCAAAGUUGCUAAUCUCUAUACAUAAAAUGCAAAGAAAAUAUAGAAAUAUAUUAUAAAUAUAAUAUAUAUGAAGAUUAUUUCGUUAAAUUUUUAGAAACGCAAAAUUUUAACGGCCUUAUGUAUUUGAAAACAAAGACAGGCUAUUAGAUCUUCAUCAGAUGUAUAGGGCACACUUCCACAAUAUUUAACCAAACUGCUGGCCAGUGAAGGCCGAAAAAUUAAAAAAAUGUGGCUUGUUGAGGUCGGAAAAAAUUAUAUCAUGUAAGAUUUUUAAAUAAACCAAAUAAUCCAACAUGGAUUAAAAGCUCGCAUCAUAGAAAUAUCUUUGGAAGAUGUUAGAAAUUUCACCCACUUUGUCAAUAUAUUUUGUCCCGGGUUGUCGAUCUUAGGGAGUUAACUUCCAUAUCGGGCUUGCUGUCUUAAAUCAUUUCUAUAAAUUACUUUUUUUACUAGUGUUCGUAAAUUGGUAAGUAAUUUUUACAGGGUGGACAUACUAAUGUUUUUAUACUCAUUUCUACAGUUUUGUUGACAGUUUGGUUUGUAUAGCGUUACCGUUACUCGAAGUUGUUCAUUUUGACGUACAGCAUACCUUAAGUUUAUUAAUUUUCGCCUGUGUUUUGUUCGUAAUUCGCUGAUUCUUGCAAAUGACAAGUUCUUUUUGGGACUUUCUACACAUUUUUACAAAUGGUUAAAGAGCGAUAAAUUGUCACAACUUAAAGCAAUUAUAUCAACUUGAUGCAAAAUAAACCGAAACGUCUUUUUUUUGUUAAUCGAGUAAUUUCGUGAUUGAUCACUAAGUUGGUUUACAUACGCGAAAUAAACAGGAAAUUAGUACACUUUAGGGGCACGUAGCUGCUCUGAAUGGCGGCGAUUUUGUGAAUUAUUGUAAAUUUAUUUAUUACGAAAUAGUAAAUUAUGAUGAAAUUAUAUUCCUAUGCCGUUUUAA